AUGGGCUGGUUCAAGAAGACAAAGGACGCUGGCAAGGAGCCUCCCAAGUAUGAGCACGCGGUGAACGCGCCGGCUGCAGCGCCGGCGGCGUCUGCUGCGGGUGGCCUCGGCGGCGGCGAAGGCGUGGCGGCCCGCGACGCUGGCGAGAGCGCAGCAGCAGCAGCAGCCGACGAUGCCUCGUCCGUCGACCACGUCGCCGACGCAAAGAAGCCCAAGGAGAAGCUCACGCGGCGGCAGAAGCUGCGCAACCAGCAACAAAAAGUCAAGGCGCACUGCCGCCGCUUCUGGCUGUGGUACCUCAUUGGCACCAUUAUCUUUCUGGCCAUUCUGCUGCCGAUUGUGUUCAAGGUAAUCGUGCCAGCCAUCGUCCAGGCCAUCCUCAACUCGCAGGACCUCCCCGUGCACAGCGGCGCCCUCCAGGCCCUCACGCCCGAGCGCACCAUCCUCUCGCUCAACACGUCGCUCGACACGCCCCUGCCCGUCAACAUCGACACGCUGCCGCUGUACCUGUACAACCACGACACGGAGCCGUACUCGCCGUUCGUCACCCUCACGCUGCCCAAGCAGCGCGUCAGCGGCGACACCCCCGCCAUCAUCACCAACCAGACCGUCGUCGUCGCCAACGAGACGGAGCUCGUCCGCUGGUUCGACCGCGUCUUCGUCCAGGACGAGGUCGAGCUGUCCGUCCGCGCCGACCCAACCAUCCACCUCGGCGAGCUCACCUCCACGCCGCACCUCGACAAGACCAUCAAGCUCCCCGGGCUCAACAACCUCAAGGGCUUCGGCAUCACCGAGCUCACCGUCAUGCUCCCGCCCCAGGACGGCAAGAACAUCAAGGGCAUGCUCAACCUGCCCAACUCGGGCGUCCUGACGCUCCAGUUGGGCAACGUGACGCUCAACCUUUUGUCGGGCAGGAUCCGCCUCGGCGAAAUCACAAUCCACAACCUCAACCUCCCGCCCGGCAACAACUCAUGCGCCUUUGAAGGCAUGCUCUUCCUCGACACCCUCGGCCCCAACCUCGCCACCAUCCUCGCCGACCAGGCCGCCCCGCUCGGCCGCGGCGUCAUCGAGCUCAACGCGACGGGCAACGCCACCGUUGUCAACGGCGUGCACAUCCCGUACAUCGAGAAGGUGCUCAACACCAAGAAGCUCACCACGUCCAUCUCUGUCGUCACGCUGCUGAGCGAUGUCCUGAGCGGCGUCGUGGCCGGCGCCGGCAACGGCACCAGCUCCGGCAACAAUCUCAUCGACGUCCUCGGAGACGUCCUCGGCAACUCGACCUUCCUGGGCCAUGUUAUCGAGCACUGGAACACGACAGCUGGCGGCGGUGGCAGUGGCGGCGGCGGCGGCUCCAACAACAACGCUGCCAACGUCAAGAGGGCUGCGCAAAGAGGCUCCAUGGUAUGGACUAUGCUCAAGCUGGGCAUGAAGAUGAAGAGGGCCCAGGGGUUAUGA